UCUAUAAUUACCAGUAAAAAGCUGUAGAGUAAGAGUAACAUUGAGUAGUAAGUUGCUUUAUCAGGAAGACGAAGACAUUACUUACAACGUAUAAUCUUCAAUAGCGAUACUGUGAAUCACUGUAUUAGACUACCGCCUUAGUACUGGUAGUUUCAAACAUAAACAGCGUAUCAUUUUGAUAUUCACUCCACUGACUCUGACUCUACUAGGUUGAUUUUCUUCUAGUUCUAGGUCAACCAGAAAAAAUGUCAAGAACCAUGUUUCGUGGUGCGCGUCUGGUGCUGGCUGCGUUUGCCGUCAGCCACGCGUCCAAAGCACCUGGCGCACUUUUCGUGAGUGCUGCUACACCGUUCCCGGCGAGCGGAGCAGGUUCUCAAAGCAGCGGAAGUCAGGAUCCUCAACGUACUUGGUCCGCCUUUAUUCCAUCGUGCCUCGAGUUCCUCUGUGGUCGUGAAAAACUUUGUAUUCGGCCUCGGGAAAUCUUCGCGAAAGAGGGUGCAAAUGGUGCUGCCUCCAUGAAAGCUGUUGGUGCUUCUUCUAGCCACGACCAGCCCAAGAACAGGAGCUUUUUUCUAUUCGUGGUUGAUGGCAAGAAGAAUGGUUCCGGAAAACAGACUCAAUAUCUGACACGCGAGAAGAAUCUUGUCUCUUUUACGAAUGAAACGACUCUGGCUGAGGAUUUGAAGAACUCAGGCAUUGUGAAGGGGAGCAGCGUGGCAGUAUUCGUUGCCAAUGACAAUAUCGAAGCCGAUGCUAGAAACUUUGAAAUCAAGUUCGAGACACUCGGAGAAGCAAAGCGUGUCGGAGAGGAGACGCUCCGCAAUCGACUUGGGUCUGCCGUUCUUUAUGAACUGGAAGAUGACGACACCAAGCACUACAAAGUCUUUCAUCAGAUCGAGGAGGCUUUUCGAGUCUUUUAUCUGGGGCCGGAUGAAGAUGCAUCCUCCUUACUACCAGAAAUUUUGCGUAUGUUGGGACAGCCUGGUCCCGGUGAACCAAAUGGAGAAACAGCCGUACUAUUUCGAAUUCACGGGCAGCUUGGUGACCACGUCGGUAAAGGUAAAAGCAAAGCACAGAUGACGAAACUACAAGAACGAUAUUUGACAGGUGGAUGGCUCCCGAGUAGUUCCGAAAGCUUAAGCAAGAAGUGCCUCAGCGACGUUGGGAGCGGGACAAACAAGCCCACACUUGUGGCAAUGUUCAUUCCCAAUGUUGGCGAUGGCUUGACUGGUACAGCUUGUUCUGAUUGGGAGCUGUCUAUGGAAAUGAGCGUGAUGCCAAUGCCAGAGCAAAUACAUGAUGACGCCCGGUCUGACGAACUCUCCCAAAUUCUGGGUGCUAAGCUUAUGAGGAACAGAGAGAACGAAAUCGUGACUGCCACAAAAGUACAACAAGGAGCGGGU